AUGAAAAUCGAGCAAUCCUCGACAGGGAAGGAAGCCGCGAGAACCUCACUCCAUGCUCGAUCUCGCCCAGAAAAACCCCUUCCUCGGAUUCGACUGACGGUCAGUCAACUGCCUGUUCAUUUUCACGCCAAACGAGAAGUGCCGUCUCAAAAACGGCUUUCUCGUCGAGCCACUUCUCGAACGAUCAAACACAAUCUCUCCACUGAGAUCACUAUCAACCACACGUACUUUCCUCGAUUUUUUCCGAGCCUUCGAAGAAUCCUUCUCGGACAUCAUCUUCAAGGCUCGUUUCUCCCCAAAGGCAAUCCGAGUGGUACACGUGACCGCAGGUCAGAACAGAGACCACAGCAAGCUCGUUUGAGAAAAUCAUCAGCUUCUGUGAAGACCUUUCGGUCAAAAGCUGAGUACAAAUACCGCACGUCUAAAGAGGUCGGGCCUGAGUGGGGCCCACUGAACCUUCCGAAUCUGUCUCGGCUAAAGCCCGAGCCCUCGCUGCAUCGACCAGCUGUCGGACGACCCACCUUGAGAGCCUCGAGUAGAGUCGUUACCCCAAGAAGGAGCUGCUGGCUCUUCGGAUAUCGAGAAGGAGGGCGAUUUGGUAAUUCUGCUGUCGGACACCUGGCGGAAGAGAGGGUGUCUCGGGGAAGAACGUGCCAUCUGGAAGGGGUUGAGGAGUUUGGCGGGAAAAGGAGAUUGUGGUUACGAGAGGAGAGAGGGGAUGCUGACUUGGAAGAGAGAGAAGGGAUCGAGGGGGAGAGUUUCAGAGGGGGCGAAUAUGAGAUGGAUGGGGAAUCUGUGGACUCGUUUAUCUAA